AUGUACGCCCCUAAAGUCGGCGACAGACUCGACGACCUGGACACGCCCUCUAUGAUCGUCGAUCUCGACGCCGCCGAGGCAAACAUCAAGAAACUCAUGGACCAGCUAUUACCCACCGGUCUCAACAUUCGCCCCCACCUUAAGACCACCAAGAGCGCGGUCAUCGCCCGCAAGCUGGUCGACGCCGGUGCCAGAGGCGGCUGCGUCGCCAAAGUCAGCGAGGCGGAGACGAUCGCUGCAGCGGGGUUUGACGACUUGCUUAUUACGUGCGAAAUUGUCGGCCCCGCCAAGGUCCGCCGUCUGGUGGAGUUGUUUCGUCGGCAUCGGGGAAUCCGCAUUGUGGUCGAUAGUGCGGUCGGUGCGACGGCUAUAAAUGACGCGCUCGCGACGGCAGGAGUCGACGACCCCAUCACGGUGUUGAUCGAUCUGGACGUGGGUCUGCACCGCACGGGCGUGCAGCCCGGCGAGCCCGCUUUGGCUCUGGCGCGCCAUGUGGCGGGGUUGAAGCAUCUCCGGUUGGUCGGGGUCCAGGGCUAUGAGGGCCAUCUGCAGCAUUUACACGACCGGGAGGAUCGGCGGGCGCAGUGUUUACAAUCGAUGCAGAUCCUAACGGGGACGGCGGAUGCGUUGCGCGCGGAGGGGUUUGCGAUCGAAGUGGUCACCACUGGGGGUACCGGGACGGCUGAGUUCUGCGCGACGGUUCCUGGAGUCACAGAGCUGCAACCUGGGUCGUUUAUCUUUAUGGAUACGGACUAUCGAAAUGCGGUGGGGACGUUCUAUUCGAAUAGCUUGACGAUCCUGUCCACGGUUGUCAGCCAGCAAGGGCCUCGGGCGGUGACCAUCGAUAGCGGACUCAAGUCGCUGACGACGGAUAGUGGGUUGGCCGAGUGCAAGGAUUCUCGAUAUACAUAUGGUGUCCUGGGGGAUGAGCAUGGGUCGCUAACUUGGGAGGAGGGGACGCCGUCCUUGUCUGUUGGGGAUCGGGUGGAGAUGAUUCCCAGCCAUAUUGAUCCGACGGUGAAUCUCCACGACUUUUAUUAUGCGCACCGGGGGGGUAUUGUUAACGAGAUCUGGCGCGUGGAUUCACGAGGAAAGGUGCAGUAG